UCAACGGUUGAUAAAAAAACAAGUUUUAUUGAGUUUUAUAAACUGCAUGCUUCUUUGUGUAGACGAAUAAAAAUAAUUUGACAAGCGAUGCUCUCAUUGGACUCGUAUUAAAAAUGUUUUCCAUAAUUUAAAAUAUUAAUUCGGUUAAUUGUGAGAUUUAGUAAAUUCUAUUAAAUUCGCAAAGUGAAUUGAAUUUGUGGUUUAAUGUGCCAGUAUUUUAUUAAGAGUUUGAAUCAAAUUUAAAUAUUGAAAUAUUUUUGCGUUCCUUGAAAAUGUUUGUGAUAUUGAAAUUGUUCGCCUGCAGUCUUUUUAAAUUAUAAAUCCAGUGCUAUUAUUGUUAUAUAGUCUAAUUAUCACAAUGUUCACACCCCUCCAAUAUACAAACAAUCAAAUACAACGAUUAGAUAAUCCAUUUAAUGUUAUCGCACUGUUAGAAGUUUGUCAUAAACACAUUCAGGUGGCAGACCACCGGAAAGUUUCCACAACAUUUGGCCUGUUCCAAAAUGGACGCUAUUGCAUUAAUUGCUAUAUUAGCGCUGAGCGCUUUAGCGUUUUAUUUGCAUGCAUCGAAAAGGCAUAUGCGAAAGGCGGUUAGCAAUUUGGGAGGUCCAUACAAUAUCCCGUUGUUAGGUGCCCUGCAAUUGGCCUAUAGAUUUGAUCCCAAAAACAUUUUUCAAAUACCAACCGAGCUGAAGAACAAAUACGGUGAUCUCUUCAAAUUGUGGGCCCUCAAUCGUUUGAUAGUAAUAAGUGGAGAUGCCGAAUUCAACGAACAAAUCUUAACCAGCAGCGUACACAUAACCAAACAUCGUUUGUAUGGAGUCCUACACGAUUGGUUGGGUGUUGGCCUGCUCACCAGUGAUGGCCAGAAAUGGCAGUCGAGGAGAAAAAUCAUAACGCCAACUUUUCAUUUUAAAAUUUUAGAGGAGUUUCUUCAAAUAUUCAAACAGCAGUCGGAGAUAUUGGUCGAGUGUUUGGCAGCGAAAGCUGAUGGUAAGACGACAUUUGAUGUAUAUCCCUUUGUAUGUGGAGCAACUCUGGAUAUCAUUGCUGAGACAGCCAUGGGCACCAAGGUGAAGGCACAAACUGGCGGUACGAAGCAGUACAUCAAAGCUGUUACAGAUUCUUUUUUCAGAAUGACGAAAAUGUUAGGAUGGCGAUUUUUAAGGGUACACCUACAAAGUGAAGUGGUUUUCUCAAUUUUACAUCCAUUUAAGAAGUUGCAAUCAAUGAAGAAUCUACGAAUAAUGCAUGAGUUUACACGGAAUGUGAUUAAAGAAAGGCGGAAAGCUUUGGAAGUAACAUUGGGAUCUCAAAACCCUUCUGCAGGAACAACCAGUGAAACAGAACAGAUUCUCGGUACAAAGAAACGAAUGGCAUUGCUGGAUGUGCUGUUGCAGGCCACGGUGGAUGGUGAACCCCUAACAGAUGAAGAUAUUCGCGAAGAGGUGGAUACAUUCAUGUUUGAGGGACAUGAUACCACCGCAACGGCACUUAGCUGCACUUUGCAUUUACUGGCCAGACAUCCUCGUGUUCAGAAUAAACUGCUAAAAGAAAUUCAAGAAGUUCUUGGCGAUGACUUGGAGUCAAUUAAUUUGAUGAAUUUAAAUGAUCUGAAAUAUAUGGAAUGUGUUAUUAAGGAGUCUUUGCGUCUAUAUUCUCCAAUCCCCAUUAUUGCACGAGAAAUUAAGGAAGAUUUUAAAUACAAACAUUCUACCAUAGGGGAAGGAGUCUUACCGGCUGGCUCAGAACUGGUCAUGGGUUUCUAUGUUAUGGCCAGCGAGAGUAAAUGUUUUGAGAAUGCCAACGAAUUUCUACCCGAGCGACAUCAACAACCUGCAAAGAUGCAUAACUUCCAAUUCACCCCCUUUAGUGCUGGUCCACGAAAUUGUAUUGGCCAAAAAUUUGCCAUGUAUGAAAUGAAGGUUGUCUUAACGAACAUUAUUCGGACAUAUGAACUGCUGCCGUAUGGGGAGAAAAUUGAUCCCCUCUUGGGAAUUGUGUUACGUUCCAGUACCGGCAUGCAAUUGGGUAUGAAGCGAAGGGCGACGUAAUUGGUUACAAAACGUUUUUGUUGUCAACUAUCAGCACUAAAAGCAACAACCUACAUAGUACAAUAUUUCCUUAUCACCUUCAAACAGAUUUGGGCGAUAAUCUAUUGUUUAUUUUUAUUCGUUUUUGGAAAUCAUUGAUUAAAAACUAAUUUGAAGUGUCAUAAACGAAAGAAUUCAAAUUUGUUUAGUACCUUAA